AUGUUGAGACGGCUACUGCAGCCGGACACUCCAGCCGCCUGCGAACAGAAGCAGCAGCAGCCGCCUCCGCAGCAGCAGCAGCAGCAGCAGCAGGUAGCACCUCUUGCUGCAGCAGCAGAUUUCGUAGGUUUAAAGAUCCUCGGUGGCGGAGCAGCAGCAGCAGCAGCAGACCAACCCGCGGCCGACUCUGCAGCAGCCGAAGCAGCAGCAGCAGCAACAGCAGCAGCAGCAGCAGGAGGCAGACGUCGAUCCGGAGACUGCGAGCACCAAGUGCGUCAAAUGGUUUCAGGAAUGGAGGCAGUGCAAGUAAACCCCAAACCCUAA